UGGUCCAGCUCACAGAGGAAGCUCCAUUUUAAGAGCAACAGUUGUGGUGCACGUUCUUUGAAAAGCCUCUGGUGAAAGGAGCUUGCCAGAAGACACUUGCCAGCCUGAAACUGGAUUACCUGGACCUCUACCUCAUGCACUGGCCUUUUGGGUUCAAGGCAGGAGAGGAUCUGCUUCCCACAGAUGACAAAGGCAUGUCUAUUCCCAGCAAUGCUGAUAUUCUGCAAACGUGGGAGGCCAUGGAAGAGCUGGUGGAUGCUGGCCUGGUAAAAGCCAUUGGCAUCUCCAACUUCAACCAUGAGCAGAUCGAAAGACUCUUGAACAAGCCAGGACUGAAACACAAGCCUGUAAACAACCAGAUCGAGUGUCACCCAUACCUUUCCCAGGAGAAGCUUGUCAACUAUUGCCAAUCCAAAGGGAUCACUGUGACAGCAUAUUGUCCCCUCGGACGGCCUGAUAGGGCCACACCAGAGGAGCCUGCCAUUUUGGAUAACCCCAAGAUUAAAGAGAUCGCAGCAAAGCACAGCAAAACCCCAGCACAGGUUCUCCUUCGCUUCCAGAUCCAGAGAAAUGUGAUUGUGAUUCCCAAGUCUGUCACACCACAGCGCAUUGUAGAGAACUGCAAGGUGUUUGACUUUGAACUGACUAAAGAAGAGAUGGCAACUAUUCUCAACCUAAACAGAAACUGGAGAAUUUGUGACAUGGCCAUGUGCAGAAACCACAAGGAGUAUCCUUUCAAUGCUGAAUACUGAAAAUAGCUUUAUCCUGCAGGCCUGUAGGGUUUAAUGAGAUUCUACCACUACCUACAGUGAUCCACUGUGUAUCUUGUACUCUGUAUCCAUCCUGACAGCAGAGACUUUCUCUAGUAAAACAAAAUAAUAAUAAAGUUGCUCUGAAGAAAAAAAAUGCAGACUGUAAUAACUAGCUGCAAUAGUUCUUUACUCAUUAGGUACUUGUCUUUUACUGGCUGAAAUGGCAAAACAGACAAUUAUUCACUUCUAGAAUAUGACCCAAAGCUUUUUCUUGAAAUGAAUGUCUGAUCUACAUGCAUAAUUGCUUUAUUGCAGUCACUUUCUUUACCAACCUAACCUGAACUGUGACUUGUUUGUAUUCUCUCAAAAAUAAAGAAGUUUGAAUACUAA